CGGCGGCGCCUGGCGGCGGGCUCCAGGGACAGCAGUGCGCGGCGGAGCGCAGGCCCUUGCCGGCCACUGACGCAAAGCCAGGCGGCGUGGAGGCCUGAGGCGCCAGUGGCUAGGAGGCGGCGCGGCUCUAGAGCCUGCGCCCGACACCCCCAUACCCCGUGGUAGGAGCCGGGACCCAAACAAAGGCGGGCGGCGAAUAAAAGGCUGCGGCGGCGCCGAGCGCUCGGGUUGCGCGCUGGGGACCAGUCUCAGCGCUAGGCUGUGCGCGGUCUGCGCUCUCUGGAGCGGAGCGGGGAACUCGGGCCUCCUGCAGCUACGAAGAGCAUCUCCCUGCGACUUCCGCGAGGGGACAAGUCCUCACGGCGGGGUGGCCGCAGCCCCCGGCCCCUCCGGUGCGCCUCCUUCCCGCGCCCGCGGCUCAGCCAGCCCAGCUUGGCCAGCCGAGGCUAUGGACUCGGAGGAUGACCCCUUGCUGCAAGACGUGUGGCUAGAGGAGGAGCAGGAAGAGGAGGAAGCAACCGGUGAGGCCUUUAGGAGGGCCCAGAAGCCAGGGCCCCGAGCUGGGAAUGGAGGGCAGUGUUGCUGGAGGCGUUGGACCUUGCCUUCCCGGCCGCCUGCCUCGGGCUUCUGGAGCACCCUGGGCUGGGCUUUCACAAAUCCCUGCUGUGCAGGGCUGGUGCUCUUCCUGGGCUGCAGCAUCCCCAUGGCCCUGUCGGCCUUCAUGUUCCUCUACUACCCGCCGCUGGACAUUGACAUCUCCUACAACGCCUUUGAGAUCCGCAACCAUGAGGCCUCCCAGCGUUUUGAUGCCCUCGCGCUGGCGCUUAAGUCCCAGUUUGGGUCCUGGGGGCGCAACCGGCGCGACUUGGCUGACUUCACUUCUGAGACGCUCCAGCGCCUUAUCUCAGAGCAGUUACAGCAGCUGCAUCUGGGCAACCGCUCUCGACCGGUCACCAGGCCCCCACGGGCAGUCUUUGCGGCCCCAAGGCGUGGCCCAGGCAUAUCCCCUGACACUUCCGCAGACCAGAAACCAGCAGCCAAUCGGAGUGGGCGUCUUCGGCGGGAGGCCCCAACCCUGGUGGAUCUGGUAGCCAACCAGAGUGAAGGCCCAACGAACCAGGGGAUGCAGAAGAAUGGACGGUGCCAACCCAGCACCCCGCCCCGUGCUGUGGCUGCGGCCAAUCAGAGCCGAGCCCGCAGGGGUGCCUCGCGCUGGGACUACUCACGUUCUUAUGUGAGCGCCAACACCCAGACGCAUGCGCACUGGCGCAUUGAGCUCAUUUUCCUGGCCCGUGGCGACGCAGAGCGCAACAUUUUCACCAGUGAGCGGCUGGUCACAAUCCACGAGAUUGAGCGCAAGAUCAUGGACCACCCGGGCUUCCGGGAGUUCUGCUGGAAACCCCAUGAGGUGCUCAAGGAUCUUCCACUAGGGUCCUACUCCUACUGCUCCCCACCCAGCUCGCUCAUGACCUACUUCUUCCCCACUGAGAGAGGCGGCAAGAUCUACUAUGAUGGCAUGGGCCAGGACCUGGCCGACAUCCGGGGCUCCCUAGAGCUGGCCAUGACUCACCCCGAGUUCUACUGGUAUGUGGACGAGGGCCUCUCUGCAGAAAACCUCAAGAGCUCCCUACUGCGCAGCGAGAUCCUCUUUGGAGCACCCCUGCCCAACUACUACUCAGUGGACGAUCGCUGGGAGGAGCAGCGGGCCAAGUUUCAGAGCUUUGUGGUCACCUACGUGGCCAUGCUGGCCAAGCAGUCUACUAGCAAAGUCCAGGUUCUGUAUGGGGGGACAGACCUCUUUGAUUACGAGGUGCGCAGAACCUUCAACAAUGACAUGCUCCUGGCCUUCAUCAGCAGCAGUUGUAUCGCUGCCCUCGUCUACAUUCUCACCUCUUGCUCAGUGUUCCUGUCCUUUUUCGGGAUUGCCAGCAUCGGCCUCAGCUGCCUGGUGGCUCUCUUCCUGUACCAUGUGGUCUUUGGAAUCCAGUACCUGGGCAUCCUCAACGGGGUGGCUGCUUUUGUGAUAGUGGGCAUUGGUGUGGACGAUGUCUUUGUAUUCAUCAACACCUACCGCCAGGCCACCCACCUGGAAGACCCACAGCUGCGGAUGAUCCACACCAUCCAGACGGCAGGAAAGGCCACCUUCUUCACCUCCCUGACCACGGCCGCUGCCUAUGCAGCUAAUGUCUUCUCCCAGAUCCCGGCCGUCCAUGACUUUGGCCUGUUCAUGUCUCUCAUCGUGUCCUGCUGCUGGCUGGCUGUGCUGUUCACCAUGCCUGCUGCCCUGGGCAUCUGGAGCCUUUACAUGGCACCGCUGGAGAGUGCCUGCCAGACCAGCUGCCACCAGAAGUGUGGCCGCAAGAGCUCCCUGCACCUCCCCGGGGACGUGUUUGCCGCCCCUGAGCGGGCUGGGGGCAGCCCCACCCAGGGCCCCAUGCCCUACCUCGAUGAUGACAUCCCCUUGCUGAAUGUGGAGGAGGAGCCAGUGUCGCUGGAGCUGGGAGACGUGUCCCUGGUGUCUGUGCCCCCGGAGAGCCUACAGCCAGCACCCGACAGGGGCAGCCGGGGCCAGCUCAUUGCCCAGCUGCAGGAGUUACUGUACCACUGGGCUCUGUGGUCAGCCGUCAAGAGCCGCUGGGUGAUCGUGGGGCUCUUUGUCUCCGUCCUCAUCCUGUCCCUGGUGUUUGCCAGCCGGCUCCGCCCCGCCAGCCGGGCCCCCCUGCUCUUCCGGCCCGAUACCAACAUCCAGGUGCUGCUGGAUCUCAAGUACAACCUGAGCGCUGAGGGCAUAUCGUGCAUCACCUGUUCAGGUCUGUUCCAGGAGAAGCCCCACAGCCUGCAGAACAACAUCCGGACGUCCCUGGAGAAGAAGAAGCGGGGCUCAGGGGUCUCCUGGGCCAGCCGGCCUGAGGCCACCCCACAGGACUCCCCAGGCACCGUGUAUGUCUCCAAGGUGAAGAGUAAGGGUCACCCGGCCGUGUACAGGUUCUCCCUCAACGCCAGCCUGCCUGCCCCUUGGCAGAUCGUGUCCCCCGGGGACGGGGAGGUGCCCUCCUUUCAGGUGUAUAGAGCGCCUUUGGGUAACUUCACCAAGAAGCUGACCGCUUGUAUGUCUACAGUAGGGCUGCUCCAGGCGGCGAGCCCCUCCCGCAAGUGGAUGGUGACAACCUUGGCCUGUGACGCCAAGCGGGGCUGGAAGUUUGACUUCAGCUUCUACGCGGCCGCCAAGGAGCAGCAGCACACCCGGAAAGUGUACUUUGCUCAGUCCCACAAGCCCCCUUUCCAUGGGCGUGUGUGCGCCGCGCCUCCGGGCUGCUUGCUCAGCUCCAGCCCCGACGGCCCCACCAAAGGCUUCUUCUAUGUGCCCAGUGAGAAAGUGCCCAAGGCCCGCCUCUCGGCCACCUUUGGCUUCAACCCCUGCGUGAACACCGGCUGCGGGAAGCCAGCCGUGCGGCCGCUGGUGGACACCGGGGCCAUGGUCUUCGUGGUCUUUGGCAUUAUUGGCAUCAACCGCACGCGGCAGGUGGACAACCAUGUCAUCGGAGACCCGGGCAGUGUCAUCUAUGACAGCAGCUUUGAUCUCUUCAAAGAAAUUGGGCACCUGUGUCGCCUCUGCAAGGCCAUCGCGGGGAACUCAGAGCUGGUGAAGCCAGGCGGGGCCCAGUGCCUUCCCUCAGGCUACAGCACGUCCUCCGUCCUGCAGAUGCUGCACCCUGAAUGCAAGGAGCUGCCGGAGCCCAACCUGCUCCCGGGGCAGCUGUCCCACGGGGCGGUGGGCGUCAAGGAAGGCCGAGUGCAGUGGAUCUCCAUGGCCUUUGAGUCGACCACGUACAAGGGCAAGUCCUCCUUCCAGACAUACUCUGACUACCUGCGCUGGGAGAGCUUCCUACAGCAGCAGCUGCAGACGUUCCCUGAGGGCUCAGCCCUGCGCCGAGGCUUCCAGACUUGCGAGCACUGGAAACAGAUCUUCAUGGAGAUCAUAGGGGUGCAGAGCGCCCUGUACGGCCUGGCCCUGUCCUUGCUCAUCUGUGUGGCCGCCGUGGCCGUGUUCACCACCCACGUGCUCCUCCUGCUGCCUGUGCUCCUGAGCAUCUUGGGCAUCGUCUGCCUUGUGGUGACCAUUAUGUACUGGAGCGGCUGGGAGAUGGGUGCCGUGGAGGCCAUCUCCCUGUCCAUCCUCGUUGGCUCCUCCGUGGAUUACUGCGUCCAUCUGGUUGAGGGCUACCUGCUGGCCGGAGAGAACCUGCCCCCGCACCAGGCUGAGGACGCCCACUCACAGCGCCAGUGGAGGACACUGGAGGCCGUGCGGCACGUGGGAGUGGCCAUCGUCUCCAGCGCCCUCACCACGGUCAUCGCCACGGUGCCCCUCUUCUUCUGCAUCAUCGCCCCAUUUGCCAAGUUCGGCAAGAUCGUCGCGCUCAACACAGGUGUCUCCAUCCUCUACACGCUCACGGUCAGCACGGCCCUGCUUGGCAUCAUGGCCCCCGGCUCCUUCACCCGGACCAGGACUUCCUUCCUCAAAGCCCUGGGCGCUGUGCUCCUGGCGGGGGCCCUGGGGCUGGCCGCCUGCCUCAUGCUCCUCCGGAGUGGCUAUAAGAUCCCCCUGCCCACUGGGACCUCCCUAUAGCACUGGCACUGGGUCCUGACUUAACGCACCUUUUGUCCAACGGGUGUGGGAUGAGGCCCUUGCUCUCUGAUCCCAGAGACAUGUUUCCCAGCUCGGCUCUAACUCGUUCUGUUCCCAGGCCUGAGCUGGAAAGGUGCCAAGUCGCUCAGUGUGGGAGCCGAUGCCCACCUGUGUGGCCCGCAUUGCCUUCAUCACGGCGCCCAGCCAGAGUUGGAUGGGAAGCUGGCUACCACCGUGCCAGACAUCCCCUGAUAGAAGAGUCCAGCCCCCCUCCAUGCCGGGUCACCACGGGGGUGUCCCUCUCACACUGCCUCAGUGCUGACAACUUUUGCAUGCGGGUGUUACAGGGCCCCCGUUCUGCAGAUGUGAAAACUGAGGCACCAGGAGGCAAACUGACUGACCUGUAGCUGGGUCGGUGACAGAGCCCAGCCGCCUCCUGAGUCCCAUGCCUCCCUCGGGGAAUUUGCAGGAAGAGCACAGCGGGUUCAAGGGCAGGGGCCUUGCACCCCCUAUCCUAUUUUCCCCUUCCCCCAGCUUUAUGGUGGCCAGUGCUGGGUGGUCCUGUGGUCCCUCCCAGGCCUUUUGGUCCUGGCCAGAGAGUACAGAGACUGGCCUGGGGUUCUGCAUGCCCGACCCUGGCCCCAGCCUCAACAGGCUCCUUCUCCCCGGGGGCUGCAGGGCCCCAACACAGCCUUCCUCACUGAUCCAAGUCCCCAGCUCCCCCACUCAACUCUGGGGCCGGAAUUGAGGGAGGCAGCCCCUGGGAGAUGGGGGCUGAUUGUGCCUGCCGGCAUCUCACAGCAGAUGGUUCCAAUCCCAGUGACAGGAAACUGCCGCCAUUAACACGAGCAUCGUAACAUCUCUGGCUCCCCCAUAUUCUUCAAAUCGUGAUAACUAAGUAUUCGCAGGCGAGGGGGUGGGCCUGGGCCCCCCAGGGACCAAGGUCCCAGAGUGCUCUGCGUGCAAGGGCGAGGUUGGGGGCUUUGGGUAGCUCUGUGGGAGUGGGGCUCAGUAGAUGUGCCUUCUUUUAAGGGGUUCCUCUGGCUCCUCGGCUGGGGCGUUUUUGAGCACGUCUGGCGUGCCGCGUGCUGCACCAGGUACUGGCCUCCUUCCUCGGGGCAGACGCUGCCCCCUGGGCUUUGGGGACCUGCACACAGACUGAGCGGGAACUGAGCCCUGAGGGUGAGAAAGGUGUCAAGGGUGGUCUCUGGGCUAGCUCACCUGGCCAUCUGUAAAUAUUAACUGGGGUCCAGGGAUGCACAACAGCAGCACAGCACCAUGUUCCCACUUAGUGCCCGCCUGGAACCAAGCAGGGACUCGGUAUUUGUGCCAGGAACAGCAGACUUUUGGACUGCUGCCCUCCCCACCCCCACCCCCCCAUCUAUGGUGAAGACAGACACCGAGCAGUUAAUGGUACCAGUUACCGUGCUGGACGUCCUUCUGGGGAUUUGUAUUAAUCUGCUGGGGCUGCCAUAACAAAAUGCCACCCACCGGGGUGGGGGGCAGGGGCGGCACUUAGACAACAGAAGCUUAUUCUCUCACGGUUCUGGAGGCUGGAAGUCCAAAACCAAGGUGUCGGCAGCGUGGUUCCUCCUGGAGGUUCCAAGGGAGAAUUUGUUCUGGGCCUUUCUGCUGCCUCCUGUUGGUUGCUGGCAGUCCUUGGUGGUCCUCGGCUUCUGGACACAUCACUCCAAUCUCUGCCUUCACCUUCUCGUGCUCGUCUUUUCUCUGUGAUGUGGAUGUCAUUUUCCCUAAGGACGCCAGUGGUAUCAGAUGAGGGUCUGUCUUAAUGACUCGACUUUAUCAUCUGCGAGGACCCUAUUUCCAAGUAAGCUCACAUGUGUAGGUGCCAGGGUUAGAAUUUCAGUGCGUCUUUCGGGGGGACAGUUCAACCCAGAACAGGGCUCAGCCUGCAUAGAUCCUUCAUUAACCUUACAGAGUGGGUGCUAGCAUACCCAUUUUGCACACAGGGAAACCAAGGCUCUAAGAGAUGGACUUGGCUAGGUCACAUAGCUAGUUAAGGUGGAGCCAGACUUUACCCCCAGCCAGCUUGCCCCAGGAUGUAUGCUCGGCCAGUAAGGGCAUACUGCCUGUGGGAGAAUUAUAACAAAGCCCGAUGAUGAGGACAUUCAAGGUUGGUGGUCACAUCGAGCGAGAGGCCUGUGGUUAGAAAAUCUGAGAUGGAAACUGUUGAAUGUGUACCAUACUUCACACUUAAGCACUCUCUCGUCAGCCUUAUGUGAAACCUGAGCCGUUGGAGGGCCAGCAAAGAGCACUGUCUCUCAGGGGCAGGUCGUGCUUGGGACCACACAGUCCUGAAGGGGCUGCUCAGGGAUUCAGGCCAGGCCGGUGAACCCAGGGCUCUGCAGCGUGGAGGACCCUUCCGGGGUUGUGCCCCUUCCAGUGAUCAGCACUGUGGGAGGAGCAGGCAAGCUUCUGGGUGAAGCCCAGGCGGGAGGGGGUGACCGGGAGGCAAGUCAACAAGACAGCCCGGAAGGUGCUCUGAGAAAGGACUGCCCCGUCUGUCUAAUAGCCUCUCCAAUAACGUAUUUUUAAAGCGGAGGCAAAGUCAUUUGCAUAUCAUUUGCAUGCAGUCCAAAUAAUGCCCAUUUGUAAAGAAACCCUCUCUUAGCCUAUUUCCUUUUCAGAAACAGCUCCUCCUCCUUCCCCUUGGCCUCUGUUUUCUUCAGUGUUGUGGGGGUGUUGAGCAGGCAGCCAGGCCUUGGUGUUGCUGUCACCUCCCCGCAGUUGACUAGGGCUGCCUUGCCUGGGCACUACUCUGGGGACCCCUCUAGCUCUCCAGUGAGCUCGGCUCCCGUCUCACAGAUGAACACCUGGGACGCAGAGGGGAGGGCAGUUUCCGGUAGCACCAGGCUUCUCCCGCCACCCCCCCCACCCCACCUCCGUGCCAGGCUCCCCCUCUGUGGGUGGCAUUCUCAACUUCAGAUCUUUAUUUCCUCAUCAAAGCUGACCUGUCCUGGUCCCUCAGGCCCUGUGUGGUGACCGCUCUGUCCAGCUCCCGGCCAGGAAUGCUCUCCUCACCCGGGGCGGGGGCCGAGGCAAGGCUGAGGGAAGGAUGUGGGUGACUAUUUGGGCCCACGCACCUGACUGUCUACUUGUCUACAAGUAAAUCGCCCUUUAACUUGUUUGUGAAUAUUUGCACACAGAGUCCCAGAGGCACUAACUCCCAUGAAAAGAACCUUGACCUUCCUUUGCUACUGAUGCACAGCUCACGGUUUUAAUGAGCUUUUGCUGAGCAUUAAUGAGAUGCCCUUCAUUAGCUCGGGCACAGCAGUUAUUCUGGGGUCUGUGAAGAUGUGCAGGCAUUCAGCAGGCCAAGGAGGGCCACGGGACACCAGGGGAGCCCGGCAGAGAGAGACUCUUGUCACCUGCAAAAGUUCCCUGAGCCCCAGCUUCUCUCCCUCCUUCCUUUGGAGGCCAGGAGAUACUUAUUAAUGAGAGCUAGCUUUUUUUGGAGUGCCGACUGCGUCCCAGGUCCUAUCCAUGCAUUCUUGGGAAUUCUCUCAGCUUCAGAAGGGAUUGUUUUUGUUCUCUUUCACUGCUGAAGGAAAUUGAAGCUCAGAGACAAAAAGUAACUGGGCUGAGAUCACACAGCUUGUGAGAGACAGAGCUGGGCUUCCCACCCAGGGCUGUUGGCUCCUGACUAUAUGUUCUCUGUCCCCUUCAGCCUCUCAGCAUGCACCACCUUUGACCCGAGGGCCAGCUGACACAUGUCCCUCAGUUGCUGUCCCCCGCCUGCAUGCUACUCUCAGAAAAAGGAACACCAGGUCUAGAGUUGAGAGUCCAGUGUCCGAGUCUUAGUUCCAGCCCUGCCUGGGUGAUCUUGAACAAACCACUGAACAUUGAUAUAAUCCCUUGGGAAAUGGGGCAGGGGACAAAACGAUGUCCAGAGCUCCGAAUCCUUCCACUGCUAUGCUGGCAGAAUUUGAGUCUCCUGAAGUCCAGCUGUCCUCUUCGUCCACCAUCGGUGGCCAUCCCGAGUCUCUCUUGUUCCCAUCAUUGUUCACAUCUGACAGGCAGAAGAAUACCCAUUGGAGCUGUGUGUUCAUUUGUCCAACAACUUCCUUGCCGAGCACCUACUGUGUGCCAGGCACCAUUCCAGGCCUCAGUGAUACAAGGUAACGCAAACACAGACCCAGACCCUGACCUCCUGAACCUUACUGUGGAGGUGGGGAAAAUUAACAAAAGAACCCCUCGGGGUGCCUAGGUGGCUCAGUCAGUUGAGUGUCCGACUUCGGCUCAGGUCGCGAUCUUACAGUUUGUGAGUUCCAGCCCCACGUUGGGCUCACUGCUGUCAGCUUGUUAGCACAGAGCCCACUUCAGAUCCUCUGUCCCCUUCUCUCUCUCUCUCUCUCUUCUCUCUCUCUCUCUGCC